CCAUGGCUUCAAACGCCUUGUGAAGCGGUGAGAUGAGUUUUCUUCCGUCAAAUGCUUCAUUUUGGUUCCCCUUGCAUCAAGGGUAGGAAAGGCUGCGAAGUGUAAACGAACGACAAAAGAACAAAAAAAAAGUCCCACUCAAGCUGCUGACACAACAUCAUUGCAUCGUGAAUGGUCGCCUCGGCAGAGUGUUUUAUUUUGGCGUAAAAUUGAUAGCCGACUAUUUUUAACAUAAAUGACAGUGUGCGAUCGUCGUGCAGGCAAAACUUUCGUAGCAAGUAAACAAAAGCACCACAUCCUGCUGGAGACUGGCGAUAGGCACCGGCGUGAAGGAAGGAUACCGUGAGCGAUUGAUGCACUUUUGGGCGCAUUCCGUGACCCCGAGCAACGUAAGCCGCGGAAAGGAUAUAUUGUUGGCGGUACGCGCACGGGGAAGCAUAGCGAUCGAGCCGACGAGCUGCCUUGCGCGCGAAGAUGAGAAAUGCCACCGCACUGCCCACGAUGGUUCCCGCCAGUGCAGCGUCGGUAUCGUCGCGCAACGCCACCAAUAAACGCCAGCAGCAGCUGUACAGCCCGGGCAGUGGGCCGCUGCGCAAGACGGAGCUAACUUCCAGCAACCGAUCGCUCAACAAUCAGUCCCCGCAAACAGACGAACCGUCCCGGCAGCGUUGGGGGAACGGCGGACCAGACGCGCUGGCGGGUGGUGGUGUAUCGUCCCGGCACGGUAGCUCCGGCAAGGACAGCAACGUGCCCGGGUGUCCACCGGCGUCGGGCGGUUGGCGCACCGAGGGACACUCGAAUCAGCAGCCCAACAGCGAGGAACUGGAACCGAGGGGCUUUGCCGCGCCCGCACCAAUCAAUCGCAUGCAGCGCGACACGCGCAGUGUGGAGCCGCGGUACGUGGGCGGCUCGAAGAAGCCGUCGAUGCCGUCGCUCUCGCACCUGGAGAAUCUGCCGCCCCGGCUGCAGAAGAAAACGCUCCAGGAUCUGGGCCUGCCGCCGAACUAUCUCGAGAUAAUGCGGGCGGAGCAGCAGGCGAUGUCGCAAACGCUGCCGAAUCGCAGCGGCUCGCGGCAUAACCGCGGCCGGCCACGGGGGUACGCGGGUAGCUCGGGCGGUGGAGGAGGUGGGAGCAGCGGUGCCUAUUAUACGAACGCUUCGUACGGUGCUUCCGGUCGUACGAUGCAGGGGGGCAAUAGGCCGGCGAGCGAUGACGAUUACUCGCGGCCCCGCAGCCGCUCGUCGGAGAUUGUGUGCGGGCCGGAGGGAAGCUACGCGCCUCGCAGGGGGCCGUCGAAUCGGGAGCGCAGGAUGGAACCGGGACCGGGCAGUCGCAACUCCAGCUGUGACCGCAAAGAGCUGCCCAGGGGCACCCCGUACGCUAAUGAUGCAAGCAGACGGGGUGGUGGUGGUGUUGGUGGCCGUUUCAGGCAAUAUUCGACCGACAGCAAUCGCAUGCUGCUCGAUGGCCCGGGCGGUGAGGUACCGAGCGGUUCGGGUUACGGUUCGAUUCCGCCGUAUAAGUCGACAAGUCGGCGGGAAUCCUAUAGCUGGGCAAAUGAUUACGAUGGUAGCACGGAACAAAAUGUAGCAGCAGAUCAUUCGAGAUGGCACGGGAAUGUUGAUAUGGAAACAGUGCCACCAGCAGUGCCGAUGGGCAACAGCAACCGCAAUAGACAAAGAAAUCGAAGUACUUCCCGCUCAAGAAACGAUUAUUACGAUGAAAUUAAAAUGUCCUACCAGCAACGCGUCGGUAACCGCAGCCGACGCAACUCGCAAUCAUCCAAUGUAAGCCGCGAGAACAGCUCCGAGCGCCCUUACUCGCGUUCCGGUGCCAAUCGUCGCGGGCAUUAUCGAGAUGCAAGCACCGACCGGGCCUAUGAGUCGGGUGGCCGCUUUCAAAAGCAUGCUCGUGAACGCUACAACAAUCGUAGCAGGGAUAACAGCAUGAACCGACCGGUGGGUGAUACACCGUACGACACGGACGGUAGCGACUGGCGCAGCACAGCAGUAGCCCCGGCGGAUGGUGCCGCUCCGCUGAAUGACCAUACCGAGCGAGCGAUUGCCGAGAUGACGAAACAGUUUGAAAGCUCGAUUGGGAUACAGAAGGGCCCGGGCGUGUUAGUUAUCCCGUCGGGAUUGUCACCGAACAGUGCGAGCUCGACAGUCGCCGCAGCCGAGUGUGGUGGCGGGCGCGAAACGAAGCUGCUGUUCGAUCCCAAAAACCCAUCGCAACCCAUCGUCGUUACGCGGACACAGUCAAGGGCUAGCAAGCACCGCGAUACGCGCGACAGCUUGAGACGGGACGAAGGUCGAGACGGUGGCAGACAUCAGCUGGCAGGCGGUCCGGCCUGGUACAAUCCGGACGGGCAGCAAGCAAAACUGCUGCGCCAGAAGGAGCUGAUCUACAAAGUGGUAGAAGCGGACGCACAGCUGCAGGAGCUCAUGGAGAGUGGCAAUCUGUAUGCUGAAUGGGCCCGGUACGAGCAGAUCCGCCGUGGGCUGCAGGAUUUGCUGGAAACGUUCCUGGUGCGGGAGAUGCGCUUUGCCCAGGACGUGAAUUUGGAGCACCACUUCUGGAAAAUGCUGUUCUACGGCAUCAUCGAGCAGCUGCGAAAGCAGCUGUCGGAAGCGCAGGACGAGCAGUGGAAACAGUACUUGCAGGAGCGUGCGCUCGAGGUGGUGGAAAGUGGUACCGCUUACUUCGAGCAGCUGCUGACGCUGCUCGAGCGCGAGCACCGGUUCAGUCUGGAGCAGUUUAUCGGUGCGAAUGCGGCGACGAGCACGAAAGGGUUGCGCUACGCGCUGGCGCUUGUGUCGUCCCAGAAAAUAUUCCUGUUUUUGGGCGAUCUUGCCAGGUACCGCGAACAGAUCACCGGUGGUCAUAACUUCCGCAAAGCCAAACAGUGGUACGUGAAAGCGCAACAGAUUCUCCCUAAGAAUGGGAGGCCGUACAAUCAGCUUGCACUGCUGUCGGUGUAUGCGAAACGUAAAAUCGACGCAGUUUAUUUCUACAUGCGUAGCCUGAUGUCGUCCAACCCGUUCGAAUCAGCAAGGGAGAGUCUGAUGGAUUUGUUCAACGAAACAAAGAAAAAGUAUAAAUUAGUGUUUGAGAACAAUCAGCGAAAGCGCGAAGACAAACUGCGCGCAAGGAGAAAGGAAAAGGAGCAGCGUUUCGAUGGCAACCUGCGGCGUGAAAUCUGGAUACAUCCGGAGGGUGGAUCGCGUGUGCACCGGACUGGACCACUGUAUCCUAUUGCUGCCGGCCAUUCGUCCGAUACGAGCGACGAGGAGGAGCUGCAGACGCUCGGCUCGAUCGAGCUAAACAAACGGUUUAUCAUAAGCUUUUUGCAUGUGCUCGGUAAAUUGAUCACUAAGACGGGCAUGGAAUCGUUUACCCAAUGUGCGCAGCAGAUGCUGCGCGAGUUUCGCAUGUUGGUGCAGGUCACACCCAUCGCUGUGACCAGCUAUCGUUUGCUACAGCUAAUGUCGCUGAACAUGUUUGCGAUCGAGAUGACGAAACUGAAAGACACGUCCACCACUGGCCAGGAAACCCGAUCCGAGCUGCAGGAGUGUGCGCUCUCGUCCGGUCUGCUCAUGUUUGGAAUUUUGCUCGAGCGGCUUAUACGGCUCAUCCAAGAUGCGCUGGACGUGAGCGAGGGCAGCGCGAAGGACCCGGACAAUGGCGACCAUGGUGCGAGUGAAACACCGAAACUAAUCUUACCCGAAGAUGCCAAAGUGAUACUGCCAGCCAUUAAGGUCUGGUGCGAUUGGAUGAUGUCGAACACAGACACGUGGAACCCGCCGCCCUGCUGCGCUGACUACAAGAUUGGAAAAUCUAACGCCCAUGAUCCGUGGUCCGAGCUGGCGGUGCUAAUGAACAUACUGAAGCGCUUGGAUACAAACCGUAGCAUACUGUCGGUGGAGCAGAAUGAAGGAUAUGAAACUGUGCGCCUGCCCGAGGAUAUCACCCUUGCCGGGUUCACGCCGCUGAUGUACUAUGAUCCCGAGCCCAUUUUUGUGCACCCGGAGUGUGACAUGGAAGAGGCACAGAAUGUGCUGCGCAUCCAGAAGCUGCUCUACUUCGGCACGGAUCGUUUGUGUCACUGUGAGCCGCCAGUGCUGCGCCGGGAGCAGGGAGCGCCGCGUGGGAUGGUCGAAGGGCGCGCCCAGUUUUACAGCGUCGUGCAAAACCGAACGGCAAGGCUGAGCGACAUGGACAUCCUGCUGGAAAGCUACAGCGACGAUGAGGAGCUAGAGCCGUCCACGGACGGUGUCAGGGCGAGCGGUGAGCUGCCCAAGAGCGUGGAGCAGCACCAGGGCAGUGGUGCCGUGGGCGACCCCUCGACACCUUCGGCCGAUAGCGGUGUGCUCAGCGGUAGCAGCAGCAGCAGCAUCAGCAACGGCCCGAGCAGCCUCGAAACGCGCAAGCUGCUGCGGCGCAAGGACGAGCUGGAGCGCAAGCAGCGCAUGCAGGAGAAGCACAGCCAGCGGGUGCAGGACAUACUUUCGCAAAGCACGAUCGCUGUUAGCAUCGAGGUGCACCCUCGCUUUCUGGUAACGGACACCAACUGCUUUGUCGACUAUCUGGGGGCGAUCGAGCUGAUCGCGAAGGCUCAUCCACUGUAUCAGCUAAUGGUACCCAUCAUUGUGAUUAACGAACUCGAGGGACUGUCGAAGGGGCUGCGCAACCAGUCGCCGAAGCAGCAGGCAGCAUCCACGGCUGCGGUGGCCGAUAUUCUGGUGCCGGUGCAGAAACAGCUCGCCUUGCCAACGGCACCGGCCACUGUCGCGUCCAUUGCACCGGCUAACAGCAGCAGCAGCACCAGUGCCGCCGGUCUUCAUCAGCAGCACGCGGCCAAGGUUGCCGACGCAUCGAAGAAAGCAUUGCAGUUCAUCAAGUCGCGCAAUCCCGCUCUGAAAUGUGUGACGACCAAGGGUUCGAUACUGAAAACGUCGACCUUCACCGUAGAGGAUGACGUCGGUGACCUCAAGUCGAACGACGAUCGAAUACUCGAGACUGCCUUAAACCUCUGCCGCAACCACAUCGAGGAGACGCGCGCCGGCACCCGGUACCUAACGAUGGACGUCGUGCUGCUGACGACGGAUCGCAACCUGCGGGUAAAAGCCAUAUCAAACGAUCUGCCCGUUAGAGAGAUACCGGACUUUAUCAAGUGGGCAGGACUGAGCGCCUAGCGAACAGUGCGCACCAGCUGGGUGGCGGCGCUGCGCUGGCAAGCACGGUCAUAUAGUUAGACAAAUAGGCUCUGUUGGCAGAUAGCGCACAGCAGAAGAAAAGCGGGGAAUUGAUUGUUUGAGGCUGUUGAAUCCGUUUUAGUGAACGUUACGUUUUACGCACGAUCUAUAUCGUUUUGGUGGCGCGCGCGCGCGUGUACUAAAAGUGACUUUUUCGCGUUAGUAAGGACGAGCGGCGCUGCACGCGCACGCGAAUAAUCAGGACCGCAUCGCGACUUUGUGAAAGAUAGCUCCAUUUGACACUCACGAUCGAUUGUGUUUGUUUUUUUUUCGGGCGGCGUCACUAGAUAGAUAGAUAGAGGUUACAAGCUACUUGUUGCUUUUACACACUCGUUUACUCACGGAACGAGAACAGAGAAAAAUGUUAUAUAUAUACAUAUUUUUUUAUAAUCACGUCUAGUUCUAAACCUGCAAAGGGAAACGCAGCAGCCGUGCUAAAGUUAACAUUGUCAAUACGCGGGGGACGUAAACGCUUCGCUUAAUUUUACCUAACAGUCAUUGGGACGCGCCCCUAGCAAAAAAUCUGUUUACUGAUUUAGUUUUUUUAAAGGAAGAAUAUUAGCUGAUGUUUGGCAAAUUACAUUCUUUUUACUGUUUCUUCAUAAUGUUGAUAACAAACUUGCAAUAGAUAUUCUCUUCUUUCAAAUGUAUCGCCGUUUUUGUUUGUUUUUGUAUCUCUUUUUUUUUUUUUGAUGAGCGAUUUAACCUUCACUCAAACCGUCGUGUCGGUUUCUGCUCGGCAGUAGUGUUCAGCUGUGUUGUGUAAAACUUUGGUCUAGUUUUAGCGCAAUUCAGCUCAAACUGUGCGCGCAAAACAAAGAUAUAUAUAUGUGUGUGUGUGCGUCCGUGUAAAGUCGGCGACAAAAGACGCGAAUGCUCAAUUUAUAGUUACACGCGCUAGGACGGAACACAUCUCGCGCACACACGGGGAACGCUAACCUGCUCCAAUAGACUGAUGGGAAAAAAUGAAGAAAAAAAAAAAAACGCGCCGCGGGCAAGGGCGAUUAGUUGUGGCUGUUUAGGGAACAGGUCUGUAAGCGAUAGUGGAGCGUCUUUAUUCAAAUUCAAUAAAGUGUAUUAUGAUUUUAUA